GAGCUGCCCAGCAGUGGGGCCAGUGAAGCCCAUCUCCGGCAGGGCUGGGCAGGAAGUGGGGUGGGGUUUGGGGCCUGCGGAGGUGGGAUCUGGUACCCCAGGACUGCUGCAAGCCAGACGAACCAACCCACUGGGAGAAGAUGCCUGGGGGUUCCGGAGUCCUGCAAGUCCCGCCGCCGCCGCCUGGCAUCAUCUUCUUCCUCUUGAUCUCCGCUGCUGGCCUGGGCCCAGGGGGCCAGACCCUGUGGGUAGAUAGGGGCCCGCCAUCGGUGACGGUGAUCCUGGGGGAGGAGGCCCGCCUCCCAUGCCUGCAUAACGGCAGCCGCCCUAACGUCACCUGGUGGCGAAUUCUCCAAAGCAACUUCACGUGGCCCGCUCAGUUCCAUGACUGGGGCCAGAGCAAUGGUGAGCUGAUCAUCUCAUCGGUGAACAAGAGCCACGGAGGCCUAUACAGGUGCCAUGCUCUGGAAAACAAGACGGAAUGGCGCUCCUGUGGCACCUACCUCCGUGUGCGUGAGCCGGCUCCCAGACCCUUCCUGGACAUGGGGGAGGGCACCAAGAACAACAUCAUCACAGCGGAGGGGAUCAUCCUGCUAUUCUGCGCUGUGGUGCCCGGGACACUGCUGCUGUUCAGGAAACGAUGGCAGAACAUGAAGUUCGGAGUGGACACCCGGGAUGACUACGAAGAUGAAAAUCUUUAUGAGGGCCUGAACCUUGAUGACUGCUCCAUGUACGAGGACAUCUCCCGGGGCCUCCAGGGCACCUACCAGGACGUGGGCAGCCUCCACAUCGGAGACGUCCAGCUGGAGAAGCCGUGACCAGCCCCCGUCUGCUAUGUCUCCCCUGCUCCCUGGAACCAGCCCUUUUCACAAUCAUUCCCGGGAGGGUCCCGCCUCAACUUCCCCCUUGGGAGUGUCCGAGCUUCCUCCUUCCUCUCCCUGCUGCCUUUUCCAAGCUCCCACCCACUCACUGACCCCGCUGGUAAUGAGCCCUUAAUCACUGCCUCUAGGGGACUGAUUGUGGCAGCCUCAGUGUCACCUCCCUCCUCCCUGCUCUGUCAUGGCCACUUAGUUAUAAUAAAUGCUUCCCAACUGCA